AUGCUUCAUUACGGCGUCAUGAGAUCGUCCCGCUUUUGUGGAAACCAUGACGCUCCAUGUUUCGAAAUGAUCAUGUUAUCCCACGAGUUCCGAACUUCGCCUGAGUCUGCUGAAGUGAGUGAAGGCGACGUCGCGCGGCUGACCUGCUAUAUCGAGUCUACUCCUCCAGCCUCUAUCACCUGGCUCAAAGACUCUCAACCUCUACCUCAAAAUAAACGUUGUGAAGCUAAAAAUCCCCAUGUAAAGAAAACACCGCAAAGCAAAAGUGGUAUUAUUAUUGUUAAAGAAGGAUCUUCGACUAAACCCGCCCACUCCCUACCUAAUUCACCUCCUUCAACAUUGACAGCCAAAGUUGGAAAGCCUGUUUCCCUCAUCUGUGCUGUGUCAGGAUUACCAAAGCCUACCCUUUCUUGGGUCCACACAAAGCAAGAUGGCAAUAAUGUAACACUGCAAACAACGAAUAAUGGUCUGAAUAUAUAUCGUUACAAUAAAAUUCAAGUUCAAAAUUCUGGUGUCUACAUUUGUACAGGAACUCAAACUGCCAAAGAGAAAACUUAUAUUAUAAAUAAGAAAGUUACCGUCUCUGUAGAAACACCUCCUCAGAUUGUAGAAAAACCAAAAUCAGAAGUCUACCCUGCUGCGAAAACCAUUAGAAUUGAUUGUGAAGUAAAAGGACAUCCAAUGCCUGAAGUUACCUGGUACAAAGAUGGAGUUCAGCUUUAUAUUAAUGGAAGGAUAAAAAAGAAUCCUAAACAGCUGGUAUUGGGAGCUGCAGUGACUCAGGAUACUGGAGUAUAUCAGUGUUUUGCUGGUGAUGUAUGGGCAGCUGCUAGGAUUCUGGUUAACUCCCGCCCUGACCAGCCACAACCACCUGCAAACCUGACUUGCAGCCCUCUCAGUUCCACACAGAUCCGGCUUUCCUGGACCCCAACACAAUCUGGGGUCGUGCAAGCAUAUUCAGUUCAUUACUUCCCAACAGAAGGUGGAGAGGAGUAUAAAGAAGUCGCACCUAAUAACACUUUUACAGUUCAGAAGCUUCAGCCAUAUACCAACUAUACCUUCUACAUCAGAUCGUAUGGUACAUCAGCUUCUGAACAGAGUCAGCGUGUUGUUUGUUCCACCGGUGAGACAGUUCCAAGUGGAGGUCCACUGGUGAAUGUCACUAUCACUGGCUCCCAGUGCCUACUGGUGACCUGGUCACCACCUCCUACCACGAAGGCUAGGGGAACAAUUACAAGCUACAAGGUUCAGUGGAAGAGGGUUAAUCAAUCAUCAGUCAACUUUGAGCUACUCCCGGCUCAUAUCAAUCAGUAUAGGAUUGCAGCGUUAGACAGUGGAGAAAGAUAUAUGAUACGUGUUUUGGCUGCCACUUCCCUUGGUUGGCCAGAAUUCCCUGAUGCUCAAGCCUGGAUAAACGUCACGUUACCUCCUACCUCAACUAACUUUCCUCCUCCUUCUAUUUCUACAUCUUCAAUUAAUCUAACAUCUUUGAGGGUAAACAGCAGCUCCUGGUAUGAUAUCAGCCUGAAGGCGUACGCAGGCAAAUUGUUUGGUGAGGCUUGUUCAGUGACAAUUCUGGUAGGUGGUGAUGGUGCUCUUCCUCCUCCAAUAUUAAUGGAAGCUGCUCCCUUGUCACCUUCAACUAUCAGAGUUUCAUGGAAGCCACCUCCUCAUUCAUCCGUCUUUUUAUAUACUCUGGAGCUGGAAAGUAGAGGGAAAAUAUCGAGGACUCUUGUUACGAAUAAGACGGAAGUAGAAGUAAAUGAUUUAAGUGGCGACACAGUAUAUGAAACCAGAGUUAAGGCAUAUGGAUCUCAGAAUAAAACCAGUUCAUAUAGCAUCAAACUUGAAUGUCGGACCCCUCCAUAUGUUAUAAAAGUGGUAAAUGAUGUGAAGUAUGAGCCAAUAAAUGGAUCAGCGGUGUUGGUCAUGUGGGCUCCUCUUCAAAUACCUGCAGUCCAUAGCUAUAAUGUGUUCUACAGUAGGGAUCUCGCAGCACCGAUCAAUCUUUGGCAUUCCAAAUCUGUCCAAGCCAAUGAGACAUCUAUUAAGCUGACAGGUUUGAAAAGCAAUACAAAGUACGUGUUGACGAUGAGAGGCGUUGGUACAUCUGGACCUGGUCCACUGUCUCCUAACUUAUACUUCAUUCUGUCUUCAACAUCUGACAGCAAUUUGCCACCUGAACCUCACCAACCGAAUGCCAACAAAAGCUCUGAUCAGUUUCUUGGGAUUCUUUUUGGUUGUGGUAUAAGCAUAAUAUUUAUAAUAGUCUGUAGUGGGAGUUUGCUGUACAGAAGGCGGUGUCUGAAAAACAGUGCACAGCCUAGUCAACAUGAAAUGACUGCCUUAACUCAUCUCCAAGCAACAAAGGUAGGGGUCCAUAAUGGUCCAGUGAACGGAUUGAAGCUGUUCCCAAAUGGUAGAGUUGUUAAUGGCCACGCCCUCCGCAUCACAGAAAAUCCACAGUGCCAACCUGGAGGAAGUGGGAGAGAUGGGCGGGAAGAAAUGUCUCUUCUCAAUGAGACUGAGAUGAGCAACCUGGAUACCACUCUUGGGAGCUUAGGCUAGAUUCUAGCAAUAUUUUCUACCAUGCACACAAUCCAGUACAAAAUUCAUUAGGAGAUAACGGGUAUAGAGCAACCUUAUCCACUCCAUAACUUAGCUGUUAGUCAUACGAUGCAAAAGCAGUAUGAGGAGUUAAGUAUGCACACCAAUUUUUGCUUUAAUAAUUUUUACAUACAUUAACAUUUGGUUCCUAAGUUUUAUAUGAAUUUUCAUUUUUUUUUUCUUUGUUUAUAAUUUUUUUUUAUGAGACCUGUUUAUGAACCUCAGGCAUUAUAUUGUUUCCUUCAAGUUUUUCGUAGGUUUAAUAUAUGUAGACUUAUAUUUAUUCAGUUAUAAACGAUUUGUUGAUUAGUUGUUGUAUUUUAUGUUUAUUUCAGACGUAAUGUUUUCCUCUGUUUUCAUUUUUUUUUUAUAUAUUUAUAUAUAUGAAGAUCUAUUAUAUAUAUUUUUAUUACAUUGAGAUUGUGCUACAACUGUGUAAACUAUAUACUUAAAAUAUUUCAUUGUACCUGAUUAUACUUUCCAUGGAAGAUAGUUCUGUUUAUUUUUAAUUUUGUUAUAUAGAAACAAUUAUUUUAUAUUUUUGUGGUCUACUUUAAUAUGUGUUCACAUUAAUGUUAGUAUUAAGUAUAUAUGUAUAUAAAUAUAUACAAAUAAUUAUAAAAAUACAAAAUAUAUAUACAUAUAUAUAAAUAUAUGUAUGUAUAUAUUUAUAAAGCCUCUUUUGUAAUUUCAAUUCACUGAAUGUUUAACGCUGCAAUAUAUUAGACUGAAUGCAAUUCCUCUUUUUUAUUGAAGUAUAGAUACAUAUGUAAAAUUCAGUAAUUGUAUAAAAAAAUAAAAAAUAAAAAAAAAUUAGAGGAAGCAUAUUUCAAAAAUAUAUCAAAAGCAUUGGUAGCUGAUUAUGAUGGAUAAACUUUUUGGCCCUUUUAAUACUGUGAACUACUGAUAAAAUUUUAGUAAUCUCAUGCAUGUUGCUCAUAAUUAUUUCCAUGUAUCAAAAUUUUAAAUGUCGAAAGGUAAAUAUUUUUGGGAUAAAAUUUUUAAUAAAUUGAAAUUAAUAAUAGCGUAAGAAAUUUUUCAAUUUUAAUCUAUAAUCAUUAUGAUCGUGGUAAUAAUAUAUCACCAAACGUGAUGAUGGUGAUGAAAAUUUAUUCAUACCUUUUCCACAUCAGAAGUCAUGUUAUUGCUAAGAAGCAUUUAUUUACUGCUACCAACAUUAUAGUGUAUAAAUAGUAACUAUUUGUAUGUUUUCUAUAAUCUUACUGCUAUACUAAUUUUUGUAAUGAAUCUCUCUAUUGAUGAUUAGUCGAAUCUUCUCAGGAUAUCAAUUGUCUUAUUUGAUUGCUUUUAUUAAACCAUUAACAGCAAUAUUCGAAGUCUCAUCAUCCUUUUCCAUGUAUUCUACUAUAAUCAUAAAAUUUCCUUCAUGAGAACUUUUAUUCUUUUCAUUUUAUAUGAAUAAAUUCGAGAGGACUUAUUGUUUGGAUAUUAUUAACUAUAAUACUUUAUUUUAACCAGGGGAAAGGCUUAUAUUGGUCAAAUUUACCUCACCCCUUUUGGGAUUUUUCUUUUUUAAAAAAAUAAACAAAAUAAGAAUUAACUUUUAAAAUAAUAAUAACAUUCAUUCUUGUUCUACUGUUGUUCUUUCAAGUUAUAUUAUUCUACUUUUUAUCGGUAUUAAUGUAGGUAAUACAUUUUGGGCAAAUCUGCAAAGUUCAGAAAUAAGACCUGAGUUUGUCAAGGUCUUCAUUCUAUAUUUGAAAUAUGCUUCUUUAAAGGUUAUAUAUUAUAACAUAAAAGUUUCUUCAAUUGCUUGUAAGUGCUAGUUAUUGAAAAUGUUCUGAAUUUACAUUUAUAACAUUAUAUAAAAAUGAAAAUUAAACUGAAACACUGUAUAUUGUACAUUAGAUUUGCAAACUCAAAACAAGUACUACACCAUAUAAACAGAUGAUUAUCUUUAUAUUUUGGAUAUUGUUUUUGUAUUCGACUUAAUAUAGAGAAUCAAUAUAUUACAACAAAAUUGAUAUUUUAUUAUAUUUUUGUUUAGUAUAAUAAGUUUUCAGAGAUGUGGCUCUAAAAUAAUUAACUAAUCAGUGAAGAGUCCAGUAGUUUCAGCAUGUGGUUUAUUUUUGUUGCGGACGUUGUAGAAAAGGUUUACUAUUACAGAAUACAUUCUGUGCUGUACAGUAUAAAAAAAUCAAUUUCAAAUUAAGACAAAUUUUAUUGCCUCUAGAGUUCUAAAAUUUUUUACUUUCUUUUUUUUUUUCUAUUGUUUGGAUAGUUUUGAUUCAUAUCAAGGCAUUGGGUAGAUAUAUGAUACAGGAAUUUUAUGUUGCUUAGUUGAGUUUUACAUUAAUUGGCUUGUUUAUUUUUUAAUAACAAUUGUUGAAUAAGGUAUUUGAGAUUUAUUAUGUCAACAUACUCUUAUUUAUUGAUCAGUUCUGAAUUUUAUUAUUAACAUAUAUAUUAUUUUUUUUUUUUUUAAUCCUUGCUUAUUUGCAAUGUCCAUGGAUCAAUUAUUUUUGAACUUGAAUUGCAUAACUCUUGUAUUGUCAAAUGAAAUUUAAAAUUUCCUGAAUGACAUUAAUUAAUUAAAAUUAGGAUGUAUUCUAAUUUCAUUUAAAUCAGCCAAAAAUUUACUCCUUGACUUCUAAUACAGUUCUUUUCUAUUGUUCUACUAUUCUUUAUUUAAAGUUGUUGUUUUAUUUUUUUAUGGUCCAAGGUAUUGAGAAUCAUGCAUCAGUCACUAACUGUUCUGGUGGGUAAUGAAAAACCUAAAAAAUAAUUUUUAAGACAUGGAGGUUUUGCAUGGUUAACUCAAUUUGUUAAUGUUCUGCUCUAAUUACCGAUUCUUUAUUUACUAAUUAAUAAAUUGUUACUAACCUGUAUGAAAAAAAUUGGCCUGUAGGGAGAAAAAUAAAUUAAAAAGUUAUUAUAUUCACUCAUACAUUAUUAAUAACUAUCUACCGAACAAAUGGGAUUUGAAGGUACAUGCUGCUGUCAAUUAUUAGUGGAUGGUGAAAUCCUUACUAAACACUGUUCGGGAUAUCUUUGUAUUUCUGAUAAUUUAUGCAUUUGUACACUAUUUGCAUUUUAUUUUAUUUUUAUAUUCCAAUCUUAAAAUGGUUUUUAAAUCUUUAUUUAGUUAUUAUUUUGCAACAAAGAAUUAAGUAUAUAUUAUGUUUUAUAAAUUCUAAUAGUUCCAUUCUAAGUUUGUAUUUAACUGUUCUACUUUAUAUAUAUAUAUAUAUAUAUAUAUACAUAUUUUCUCAAGUCACUCACCCAUUUCAAGUCAAGAUUCAUGAGAAAAAAAUAAUCUUGCCUUGACAGCUAGUAUGUAUUUUCAUUCUCUAUUUAAUUAAGUAUAUUCAAAGAAUAACUAUAAUUUUACUCAUAAAAAUCUCAACAAACCUAUAAAUAUUUCUAAACAUCAGUAUAAUUUAAAUAGUUUUACUCCAUUUAUAUAUUUGUGCUAAUUAAUUUUAAGUUAUUUUGAAAAAUAUUUUAAUAAUUAAAAAAUAUUACUUGAAACUGAUAUUGAUGAAUUGAACGUUGCAUGUAGUUCCUAUCUUAACUCAAUAAGAAAGCACUUUUGUACUUAAAAUUCAUGUUUAAAAGAACCUUUUUGUUAUUAAAAAAAUAUUAUUUUUUUGCUGAUGGUAAUAUUUAAAAAUAGGGCUUCACUGUGUUUACUUUCAUGGCUUUUACAAAUUUUGUGUUAACCUAUUUAUAAAGUAGGUUAUUAUUUUUUUAUUUUAGUUGCUUUAAUUGUUUUGUUGAUUCGUUUUUAAUUUAUCAUCACUUGUUAUUUUUUUAAACAUUAGACACAGAGUAUUUAUCAAUUCAAAAUAAAAUAGAACGUCAACUCUAAUAAUUAAAAUUUAUGAUUAAACUAACCCUUCAUGAAAUUUUGUUUAAAUAAAUAACGAUGCUGUAAGAUUAUUCUGUUUCUGAUUGGUACUGGAAAUUCAUGCAGUUUUUGCAAAUGAAAAUUAUUAUUGCUUAGUUUUUGGUUUUGGAUUAUUUAUGUUAAUUUCAGGACCAACUGAUUUCAUUUGGAGUAGAGCUUAUGAUAUCCAUUUGUUUUAUUUUCUAAAUAAGUGAAUGGUGUGUGAUUUUUCUCCUCCUUAUAUAUUUGAUUUAUUAAUUCAACUAGCCAAAUUAUUUGCCUAAAACUGAAAUUUUUUCGGUCUUUUUUUUCGCUUUUUAUUUAGUUAGUCCGUCCAAAUUUAUCUUCUUUAGUACUUUUUUAUUUUAUUUUUUCAAUUUUAAUUGUAAAACAUUUACAUACCUAGUUAAUUUUUUUAAAAAAAAUUUCCAAGUCUUUUGCUCAAUUUUAAACUUGUUUUCUGAAUAAUAUGAAUGAACCAUUCCUUUUUGAAUACCUCAAUCUGACUCUGUUUGUUACCUCCACUGCUUGUCAGACCUCGAUGAACUGUGAUCAGGUGACAUUUCCUCUUUUGACUAGUAAAUACAAAGUUUAUUUCCUCAUCUACCUCUUAGCUAUUUACCAUGUCUUAAGCUUUUUCUUAGCUUUGAUUUAUUUAUUAUUUUAAUUCACCACGAAAAGUUAGAGGCUAAAUGAUAAUGAAACUUUCUGUUAUACUCUACGAAUCUCGCCUUAACUUAUUUUUUUCUAGUUACUAACAUAAUAUACGUAAACUACAUUUUUGACUAAAUUUUUAAGAGAUUUUUAAUUUUUGUUUAAAGAAGAAAGAAUAUAUAUAUUGUACAAAUAUAAUACAUAUUUUUAAAGAUUAUGUAACCCCCAUUGUACCUAGUUGCAAAUCUGGUUGUGGAUAUAUAUAUAUAUAUAUUUUUACGUGUGAUUUUUGUGCAUCUACAUUAUUCUGAACCUGUUAAAAUGGGAUUUUAGAUUAUCCUAGCAUAGGUAUUUAGUUUUUAGUGUAAAGACAAAUUAUUGUCAGAAUCCCAAUAUUUUUUAAGAAACAUCGUUGUACUGCGAUGUCUCUUUUAAGCUACCUCAACCAUUCGUUGUCAAGCGAAUUACUCAGGGAUGUCUGAACGGUUCACCCAUUGUAAUUGUAUUUGUAAAUAAUUUAAUAGAUUGUAUAGUAAGCUUUAUAGUUAUAACCUUGUGUUAAGAAAAAAAAGUAUAUAUAAUGAAAUGUUAAAAAUAUAUUCUUUUCAUAAAAAUUGGAGAAUAAUUUUUAAAAAAUUGAAUAAUUUACUUUUAAGGCUUGUAAAAAGUGGAAUUCCUUUGAAAAGGUGCUUCCUAUUCAUCCUGAGCUCGGAAAAAGAAUAAGUUUCUUACUAAAACACGGCCUAGUGAUUUUCAGGGAUUGUCAAUACACUAAUACAUACUUUUUUAAAUUAGCUAAAAAUUAAAGAGUUUACGAUAUUUUUAGCGUGAUCAUUUUGAUAAUUUUUUAUGUUGUUAUAACAGCCUAGCCCCAAAUUUGCCUUAGCACAAGGUUUUAUUAACAUGCACAAAUUUAUUCACCACUACUUAUUUCAUUCAUUUAAUAAAUGUAUAACGAUGUAGUUGAGAUUAUAUUUAAGGGGUCAUGUAUACUUAUACGUAAUUGUGGAACUGUUCUCAUUUUUGUAGCUAGUUGUGUUUGGUUCAGACUGUUGGUAGUGUUAGCCCACAUCUGAGUGCCAACACAAAGUGCAGCGCCUUUCUUUACUAAAGAUAUUCUCAAUUGCUCAUUGCUUGCUUUAUCAUUGAACUUAAGCACUGUAGUGUUAUAAACAUGCAUUUCUUCACGUACUUUCUAAUGUUGUUCAAUUCGAGAAAAAAAAAAUGUGUUCAUUUCAAAUAAAUACAUUAAUAUAAUAACUAUGGUGAAGUUGAAAUACGUUUUGGUCGGUCAAAUUAUCGAUAGUCCUACAGAUAUUAGGAAAAGAGACAUAUGCUAGUGACUGCUUGCACAAAUUGCCUUAAACCAAUUUUAUAUUGUUAAUAAAUAUAUAUUAAUAAACAAAAAUAUACAUAUAUAUAUAUAUGUCCUAUCUUUAUAUUUAGUGAAUGCAAUUUGCUCAUUUUGUAAUUUAACUUGAAGUUAUGUGUCUGGUAUUAUUAACUUUACGAGAUCCCUUUCGUAUGUAAAUGGGUUGAUGGGUGGAUCGGUCGGACUUUUAGUUGUAAGGUUGUGGACUUGUGUGAUGUGAGUUAUGAUUGUUAGCGUGCAAGUUUGUAGGAAUGUAUGAUAUCUUAUAUUUAGAUAUUAACUAGCACUUUAAUAUUAGAUGUUUUAACAGCAUAGUUUAAAGUAAAAUUUAAAAUAUAAAAUAUAUAUAUUCGCUUCCAUUUAACUUCAGUCUUAUUUAUUUAAUAUGAAUAAAACUCUUGAAUUUUGAACAUAAUUGUUCGUUAUUUAUAAUAAAAAGGUUUACACGAAUUACAAGGCCUUUAAAAUACAGCAAAGAUUAGUGUAUAGAUAAUCAGUAUACAUAAACUAAGAAUACCCCGCAGAUGAAAAUUUAAACAUUAAAAAAAAAAAAAAAUUGUGCCUUUUCUUGAUAGAUUAAAUAAGGUAUUCCAUAGUUAUAUCUUUUAUAUAUAUAUACGUGUGUAUUUAUUUAUAAAGUUACCUAUUAGUUUAUGUCUAAGAUGAGAGUGUUGAUCAAUUUGACAGCCAUAGUUAAUAGCAUUGAAAUUAAUUGAAGUAGGCACCUAUUCAGAAACUUAAAGAAUAAAUUUUAUUUUACCUUUUUCAAGAGAGGCAAGAUCCAUUUUUUUUGUUAUCAUAUAUCAUAAGAGCUCUAAUGGUGAUUUUUCUGAUAUUUAAAAAAAAAUAUCAUUUAUCACAUAAAAGUUUUUUUUAUAAUAAAUAAUACUGUGAAUUAAUAAUAAUAUUUUAAUUUUGAUCCUUAUAAAGAAAAAUUAAUGGAGGCAGUUUUGUCAGGGACUUGGAUAUUACAUUAUCUAUGACUUUCUCUAUUUAAUACUACGUGAAAGUAAUUUUUUUUUUAAACAUAAAUAAGGUCUGAAUUUUUAUUGUGAUAUUUUCCAAUUCUUUUCGAAAAUUACUAUAAUUUAAUAAACAAUAGGUUAAAAUGGCAAGCAAAUAAAGAAAUUUAAAUAAAAUUUGCUUUGAGCCUGAAACAAAGUACAGCAUCUACAUAUAUUUUUUUUGUAUUUGAAAAUCAAUUAGAACAAAAAUUAUAUAUAUAAAUACAAUAUACCUUUUUUUCAGUAUUCAAUUUACCAAGUAUAUAAAGAAGUGUGGGCAGAAGUAUAUUUGCAUGAGCUCAAAACCAUCGGAUAUAAAUAAAAACAAUUUUUUGUUUUAAACUUGAUUUACUCCUCAAACACUUAUAUUAAAAUUUCUUAAUUUAAAUAACAACUAUAAUUUUUUGCAAUAGCAAAAAUAUCCUAUAAAAUUCCGGUCUGAGCAUAUCUAAGCUUGUGGAAUGUUCAGCAUUUAUUUUAUCAAUUCUCAAUUGACUUCUACAUGCUUCAUUUAUGCUAUGGGUUCUAGUCUCUUCGUUCCACAAGUGUCUCAAUUUGCACGUACUCUAAUUGAACAUUUAAUUUUUAAAUUUAUUUGUUAAAUAUUAUUUUAAUUCAAGUUUCAUAUAUAUAAAUCCGUAAAAACAACAUUUUUUAACUUUUUUUGUUACUUAUUUUGCUAUUCCCAUUCAUGAAAUAAUUUUUGUUGAAUUACGAUUUGUAAAUUUUAUAUCAACUUGACCAACAUCCUCAUCAUUAUUAACUGAUAGUAAUUUUAUAUUUAAGUAAAAUAGAUUUAUGAAAUUGAAUUGCUUGAUUGGAAUUAUUGUGAAUAUGCUGGGUAGUCUAAAACAUCACACUAGCUCCUAUUCUAUAAUUUUUAAGUUAUUUUUAAUUUAAUAUCGGCUGUUUGGCUCGGUAGCCACAUAGUACAAUGCAGACAUUGGGAAUAAGAUUCCCAUUCUCUUUAUCUACCUCAUAGUGAAUAUUAUAUGUACCCUCUAGGGGGCUGACUUUCUUUUGUUUUAAUUGUGUUCUAUAGUCGUGGUGUUGUAGUGUAUAUAGUUGGGUUUAUUCAAUAUUUAUUUUCUCCUCACCUCCACACCCUUAGUACUGCCUAAAGGCAUUUCUUCUUUAUCCUUUUCAAUGUAAAUUUUUCCUUGAGUUUUUAAUAUUAAUAAUUAUAAUUGCAGAUUUUUUCUAAUAUAUAAAAUUUUAAGCCAGUUUCUAACUGCAACUGGUCGUUUAACGGCUUAGAAAUCAACUCAGGUAUAUUCUACUUUGUAUUUUUGUCUGUACAUUCUUUACUUACUUUAUAUUCACUAUGUAAAUAAACAUAAUACUUUUAUGUAAUGUAAAUUGAUGUUAAUAAUAUUUGAUAUUUUAAAGAAAGGUACUUGCCCUGUGAAAUGUCUCGAUUUAAUUUUUGUUUGUGAAUAAAAAAAAAUCCAUUUUAAGGGAUAUAAUCCUGCUUCACUGUCUGGUAUUCUCAAAAAAAUGUAAUAACAGGCAAUGAGUUUUAUUAAAUAAAUAAGAAAUUAGUAUUAUUUCUUGAAAUUAUAUGCUUAUUUUUGUACAGAAAUGGUAAAAGGAAAAUAAUUAUCAUAUGAUGUAAAACUUCCUAAUUGUCUCUGUAGAAUUACAGAAAAAAAUAUGUAACAAAAAUUAUAUUGAAAUUAUGUUCAUGAUUUUCUGUCAAUAAUAUAUAUUGUAUUUAUGAUA